AUGGAGCCAGUCUUGGCACUAUUUCAUUUGAUAAUAGCUGUCACCUUUUCCAAAGCAAAUGAGACUCUGUGCAGGCUGCAGGGUGAACCAGCAUACCCUUUGCUAUGGAAAGAUGGUGACAUUAUCAUAGGUGGAAUUUUCUCUUUCCACACAGGUUGGGACGAUGGAAACCCUUCUUAUUCAUCUUUGCCACCUCAGCUGCAAUGCUUCAACCUUGACUUCAGAGCAUUCCAGUAUGCUCAGUCUAUGCUGUUUGCGAUAGAGGAAAUCAACAAUAGCACUGCUUUACUCCCUGAUGUUUUGUUGGGCUACAAGAUCUAUGACACCUGUAGUUCUGUGGCAAUGGGUGUGAAAGUAGCGAUAACCAUGGUCAAUGGAAAUGAAGAUGUAGGCCCUGACAGCUCCUGUACAAAGCCAGCCCAAGUUCAGGCCAUCAUUGGUGACACAGCCUCUUCACCAUGCAGAGCUAUUGCUACCAGCAUAGGACCUUUCAGCAUUCCAAUAAUCAGCCAUUAUGCCACCUGUGAAUGUCUCAGUGACAAAACAAAAUAUCCAUCUUUUUUGAGAACCAUUCCAAGUGAUUAUCACCAGAGCAGAGCCUUAGCUCAUUUGGUCAAGCACUUUGGCUGGACCUGGGUUGGGGCCAUCAGAACCGAUGAUGACUAUGGCAACAGUGGAAUGGCCACUUUUAUACAGGCUGCAGAACAAAUGGGCAUAUGCCUAGAAUACAACCUUCCUUUUUUCAGAAGCUACCCUUAUGAGAAAUUGUUACAAAUCAUAGAGCAGGUGAAAAGCUCCACCUCUAGAGUGAUUGUCGGUUUUCUCUCGCACUGGGACUUGGAGAUGCAGCUACAUGAAUUUGCAAAGCACAAUCUUACAGGAUUUCAGUGGGUUGGCACUGAGGCGUGGAUCUCUGAUUCUACCAUUGCCAUGUUGGACCACCACCAUAUCCUCAAAGGGUCUAUAGGCUUAGCAAUACCUAAAACACAUGUAACUGGCCUGAAAAACUUUAUUUUAGAUGUAAAAUCACUUAACUCAUCAGGCAGUGUCAUUUUUGAUGAAUUCUGGGAGGCACUGUUUGAGUGCAAAUUUGGCAGCCAGAAUGACUCACAGACCACAGCAGUGUGCACUGGCACAGAGGACAUGUUUGCUGUAGACAACACAUUCACAGAUAUGUCUCUAAUGCCAAUCUUCAGUAAUGUUUAUAAAGGAGUGUAUGCUGUAGCUCACACCUUGCAUGAAGCAUUGGACUGUAAAGAGACAUGUGCCACAAAAAGGCAGCCUGCUCCAUUAACAUUUCUGGAACACUUGAAAAAAGUACAUUUCAAAACCAAAGAUGAUGAGGAGGUGUACUUUGACAAAAAUGGUGAGCCAGUUGCAAAGUAUGAAAUAAUAAACUGGCACCCAAAUAAAAAGGGGCACGCUGAUUUUGUCACUGUGGGACUUUAUGAUUCUUCUUUUCCCACAAAUGAACAGCUUAUAGUUAAUAUGCCAUCUAUUGUUUGGGCUCAAAAUGUUAAGCAGGUACCUGUAUCUAUAUGCAGCAAGAGCUGUUCCAUGGGUAUGAGGAAAGCUGUGCAGAAGGGAAGGCCAGUUUGUUGCUUUGAUUGUAUCACAUGUGCAGAUGGAGAAAUCAGCAAUAAGACAGAUUCGAUUACAUGUGUGCGGUGUCAUCAAGAUCACUGGUCAAAUCCACAGAAAGAUGAAUGCAUUAUGAAAGAGAUUGAGUAUCUGUCCCACAAAGAAGUCAUGGGAAUCUUACUGACAGCAAUUUCUUUAUUUGGCACACUUCUGACAACAAUUAUAGGAGUGAUAUUUUUCAGAUUCAAAAACACUCCGAUAGUGAAAGCCAACAACUCAGAGCUGAGCUUUCUCCUGCUCUUCUCUCUAGUACUAUGUUUUCUCUGUUCACUUACAUUCAUCGGACAACCCUCUGAGUGGUCCUGCAUGUUGCGCCACACAGCUUUUGGCAUCACCUUCGUCCUCUGCAUCUCCUGUGUUCUGGGGAAAACAAUAGUAGUGUUAAUGGCUUUCAGGGCCACACUUCCAGGCAGUAAUGUCAUGAAAUGGUUUGGGCCCCCACAGCAGAGACUCAGUGUCCUUGCCUUCACACUCAUACAGGUUCUUAUUUGUGUGCUUUGGUUAACAAUAUCACCUCCAUUCCCAUACAAGAAUAUGAAGCACUACAAAGAGAAGAUCAUUCUGGAAUGUGAUGUGGGUUCAGCUGUAGGUUUCUGGGCUGUGUUGGGUUAUAUAGGACUCCUGGCUGUCCUGUGUUUUGUGUUGGCUUUUCUGGCCCGCAAACUGCCUGAUAAUUUCAAUGAAGCCAAAUUCAUCACAUUCAGCAUGCUGAUUUUCUGUGCAGUGUGGAUCACCUUUAUCCCAGCUUAUGUCAGCUCUCCUGGAAAGUUCACUGUAGCUGUGGAGAUAUUUGCUAUUUUAGCCUCCAGCUUUGGGUUACUGUUUUGUAUCUUUCUCCCAAAGUGUUAUGUAAUCUUAUUGAAACCAGAAGAAAACUCCAAAAAGCAUAUGAUAGGGAAGACUCAAUCAAAAUCAAACUGA